GCAAAUUUCAAAACAAGAAGACCCGCGAAAGAACCGUUGCUCGGAGUUGUUUGCGCAAUUUUAUUAGAGAUUUUCACCGAGAUGUCCCCGAUUCCAAGGCACAACACGGCCCUAACGCGAAUUGCGCUUCAACGAGAAGCGGCCAAAGCGAUGCUGGAGGGCCGGGAGUCGGACGCAAUUUUCUACACCACGACGUCGCUCUGCGCUGGAUUUCACGCCAAGUUUGAUGCGGAUUGUCGCCGGUUUAGCGGAAGUGAUAAUCUUGUUACAACACUGUUGGAAGACCUGAACGGAAACGUAUCCAAAGAAUCGGAUCAGUUUGAGCCAACGAAGGGAUUUAAGGAUAUUCGACGACAGUGCGCGGAUCUGCCGGAAAACUGGACCGUAAUUCAGCUGAGCAAGGCCUUCACACCGCGAUGGAACCAGCUAACGCACAGCCAGCUGCUUGGGGAACGCACUACCGUCGAUCUGGUGCUGUUCAGCUUUCCAAACUCGGAACUCGUUGCGGGAGUUCCGCUUUUGAUCCGGCUGGAACCGCCCGAGGAUCCAGAGUUCUUCGCUCUGGCAUCGUCAAUCGCGGUCAAGAUCAAAAGUCUUCUAACGGACGAGAUAAACACGAGCUCCAUGCGGCAGGAGGAGAUGGAAACGUUGAUUGGACGGGUGAUUAGCGGUAUCAAAAGCUGGCUCGGGCCGUGGAUCGUGCUGUUUUGCGGAAAAUUCUGUGAUUCAGACGAUCAGCAGCUGGAGGCGGAGGUGUUCAACCGUGUGGAAGAUUUUUGCAUCACCAACAAACGCAGCAAACGUGACCAGGUUCUUAUCUCGCUGAUUGCGCGCCGAUUGGAUAUGGUGGACCAUGCCAGUAUCUAUCGGUUUUGCUGCGAAAUUGAAGAAAAUGCCGAGCAGAUUCGCGAGCUUUAUACAUUUCUGGUCAAGCUGAAGGACGCCAAGUUUGAGGCCUUGCCACGCUUCAAAUGUUUUCCGUGCCUGAUGAUAAUUGACGAGCUGCUCGACGGAUAUCCGUGGGAAAUGAUGAACCUGUCGCAGGAAUUUACGCGCGUUGCGUCCUUUCAAAUGCUGCACAGCCUCUUCCAGGCGCACAAAGCGAACAUUCGGAACGGAUAUCUGCACAUAUCGGUCACAAACUGCCACAACAUAAUCAACCCAGACAAAAGCCUAACGAAGAUGAGUGCACGGUUGCAAACCUUCUACAAGGAGUGGUAUCCACACUUUAAGCUAAUCGUGGAUCAACCGCCGACCAACGCUCAGUUUAGCAGUAUUCUCCACGAGGCCGAUGUUAUGAUUUACAACGGCCACGGCAGCGGCCUACAGUUCAUCGACGGCGAAACCAUCCUGCGGCACGACAUCAAGAGCUUGGUGUUCCUGUUUGGGUGCGACUCGGUGCGGCUGGCCGCCAACGGGCUGUUCAGCGAGAUGAACGGCAGCCAUCUGUACUACAACACGGCAAAGUGCCCCACCGUGGUCGGCGCGCUGUGGGUGCUGACCGAUUUCUACACCGACUACUACUCAAUUCUGCUGGUCGGCGCCUGGAUUCCAACGGAAAAUCCCAAACUGCAGAACCACAACGUGCUCGAGCUGGACCCGAACGCGUUUAAAAAUGGCAAAUUGAUAUUUGGUUCGCUGCUGCCACAGGACUCGUUUGACGGAAACUUGCUGAAGCUGAUGGCGCAGUUUCGCUGGCACAAGUGGCUGCCGAAGCGCAUCACAUGUGCGAUGGUCUGUCGCGGUCUGCCCGUGAUCAAUGCCGUCGAAUCCAGCAAAUAGUUAUCGCGUCAUGCCCAAUCUUGGAUGACGACAGCUCGAAUGUGAUGCGUUGGAGCAUCAUCGACAUCUUCUUGUGAUAAGGUUAGUGGUUUUAUUUAGCAAGUGUGUUUUGUAUGGUUCCAUGAUAAGAGACUGAUGAAAUAACAAAUGAAUUUGGGUUUU